AUGGGGGCAUUCCUGGACAAGCCCAAGACGGAGAAGCACAAUGCCCACGGUGAGGGCAAUGGCCUCCGUUAUGGCCUGAGCAGCAUGCAGGGCUGGCGGGUGGAGAUGGAGGACGCCCACACCGCCACGGUGGGUUUACCCCAGGGCCUGCAUGACUGGUCCUUCUUCGCUGUCUACGACGGCCACGCCGGCUCCCGCGUGGCUAACUACGCCUCUAAACACCUGCUGGGGCACAUCAUUGCCCACAGCAUGGGUCCCCCGGGCCCCGAGGGUGUCACUCCAGCCCCCACCAUGGAUGCGGUCAAGACUGGGAUCCGCACCGGCUUCCUGAAGAUCGACGAGCACAUGAGGAACUUCUCAGACCUGCGGAACGGCAUGGACCGCAGCGGUUCGACGGCCGUUGCCGUGCUGCUCUCGCCAGAGCACCUCUACUUCAUCAACUGUGGUGACUCACGGGCCGUGCUCUACCGCAACACUCACGUCUGCUUCUCCACGCUGGACCACAAGCCCUGCAACCCACGGGAAAAGGAGAGGAUCCAGAACGCAGGCGGCUCAGUAAUGAUCCAGAGGGUGAAUGGUUCCCUGGCCGUUUCCCGGGCUCUGGGAGACUACGACUACAAGUGUGUGGAUGGGAAGGGUGCCACAGAGCAGCUGGUGUCCCCAGAGCCCGAGGUGUUUGAGAUGGAGAGGUCCCCGGGGGAUGAGUUUGUGGUGCUGGCCUGCGACGGUAUCUGGGACGUGAUGAGCAACGAGGAGCUGUGCGAGUUUGUCAAGUCCCGUCUGGAGGUGUCCCACGACCUGGAGAAGGUCUGCAACCAGGUGCUGGACACCUGCCUGCACAAGGUACAGUGAGGCUAAUGUGUUUGUGUGUGUGGGUGUGUGUGUGUGUUUUAGCAUGUGGAAAUGUAAACUAUUGUGGUGCGUGUUUUGUUGUACUUAUUAAGGAAGCUCAUUUGGAAGCUCUAUUUCUCUCUUUGGCAUCAGCGUUAACAGAGCCUAGCCCCCACACCUAAUGAUUCUCUCUCCAUCCCUCUCCCCCCCCCCUCCGCCACAGGGAAGUCGGGAUAACAUGAGUGUUGUGUUGGUGUGUUUGCCAAACUGCCCUAAAGUGUCAGAGGAGGCGGUGAAGAAAGAUACAGAGCUGGAUAAGUUCCUGGAGUCUCGUGUGGAAGGUGAGAAUGAUUGACUCCCUUCCAUUCCAUCCUGUUGUCUUCAUCCAGGCUGUCGUCCCAUUCUCUAGUACCAUUCUCUCCAAGUGUGCACUCGUUUCCUCCCCUUACGGCUUUAAAAAGCAUUGACUUAGGACUGCAGGGAGUUUACAGCAUAUUUCAGACUUGCUUUUAAAUCCAUGUGGGGAAGUGAAGGAGUGAACAUACUUAGAGGAGAAGGGUGGAGAAUCGGACCGCAGCCCCAGUCUAAAUGUAUUACACUCCCAUCUGGGACACACUUCCAAUCAGUGUUGUAAUCCGGUCUCGAGACCGCAUAUUGAGUGUCUCGGUCUUGUCUCAGUGUUGGAUACAUUUGUACUCGGUCUUGACUCGGUCUCGGACAAUAAGGACUCAUAAUUUCUUCCUGAGACCAGCAAUGUAAAAAACGCAUAAUUAUCAGCUUCCAUUCAGUCAGCGCGUAAAACCUCUUCGCAAGGCCAAAUAUAUACACUCCUUUCUUGAAACAUUAAUAUCUUAACAGUCUUUAUCUAUUAUAGACAUAUUUGAUCAGUGGCGAACCUAUAGGCCUUCAGUGUGUGACAGGUUCGCGAUUCUGAAAGGACAGCAACCGUAAUACCAGCGCACUCAUGUAGGAGAGUGCACUUUUUGUAAAACACAAAGGGCCAGUGGUGUAGUGGAGGCUAUACGCAGGUAUAAGCCAUAUACCCACUUGUUUUUCAGUUGAGCAUUGCAUAUUCUCACUUCUUAAUAAUCCCUACUGAUGCGUAUCAAAGUAGUGUAGUGGAGCUAUACGACUUAUCAAUGAUGUAGUACAAUAGACAAAUCAUGCACAAAGUAGCCUACACAAUCGCAAAGCAUGUGAAGUAUAUUAACAUGCGCGCCGUACACAGCCUAGUUUCAGCGGAAUAUAAUCUGCAGGCAGCAAGAGUUUGCAGCUCUCAACUGGUUUCGGCAUGGAGCAGCUCACAGAAGAAUGACAUCUGUAGCCGGUAGGGUAGGAAAGACGUUUGAACUUAUGAUAUCUACCAGUAAAAUGCUAACUAAGGCAACAAUGGGUAUGCAAACUAGGUAUUUAAAAAGUUUUGUCCGAAGUGUUGGUUAGUAGGCUACACAGCAUGGUCACACAGCAUGAUGUUAAAGGAUAAGCAGUCCAUAAACUCGGACAUAAUAAGCCGGUAGGUCCCAAUCAUAAGAAUACAAAAACACAACCAUUAAGCAUUUUCCAAUCGACAUGUACAACUAUUAUUUCCCAUUGCAAAAAACAUUUCACGUUUAGCACACAAAGUAACCGGUGACCUGAAGUUUAAAGUGAACUGACAGCGUUUUAACUACUUUGCAGAUAUGAAACAGACAAUCAUAAUAUAAGUCAAAUAUCACAUUUCCAGUUUAUGCUACAAAACAAACUUUAUAAGAGGUUUUAAAAAUAGGUUAUAUUUGACUCAACGUUCCAUGACGUACACUAAGGCAUUGUUGGCAGAAUAGAUGGAUGCAGUUCAAUGCAUGAAUAAUAUAAUUCACCAAUACAUUUCUUGGUAGUCCCAAAAAUAUUGCUAUCAGGUUGUAAAUCACAGCUGGCCUGGUACAUUGUUUUCUGCCUCCAUUCGGGAUGCACUGUUUCAGUUUCAAUGACUCAAUAUUCUGGACAAAAACUGACAAAUAUAACUAUGGCUGGGAAUGUCAAUACAAUCAAACUAUCAAGGGCAAUGAUCACAAGUCAGUCAUAAUGUGGCUAAAAGGCUAGCAUAUCUAUUUAUGUAGCAAGCUAAAAACACGGAGCCUAACAUUAGCUGAAUAGCUAGCUAGCUGCUAGGAGGAUGUCAUGCCAUUGGAGGAGAUGGUGAGUGACUGACUUUUUCCCCUGAUGUAGUUUUUUGGUGGCUAUACACAGCUAGAGAUGCAUGUGUCAUUUGGUUAGCUAGCAAGAACUUGAACAAGUGUUAUCCAGUGUUAUCCAUAUCUCUUGCAUUUGCAAAUUUACUCUGGCUAUCUACUCUGAUUUCAGAGCACUCUCAUCUGAGUGUGCCAGAGUGCAGAACAAAUGAUGAAUUUACGAAUGCGCAACACCCGCUGAAUAUGACCGGUGUCAGUAAACGUAGGCAAAACAAUUGUUAGUCAAGAACGCUGUAUCAUAACAUGUAAACAGCCUAACCAUCUCUGCUACGCCGAGUAAAAUGGUCAGAGUGAGGUGUUCUCUCAUUUGUGUCUGGAAGUAGCUUGCUAGUAAGCUAGCCAACUUUAGCCAGUUAGCUAGGGGUGCUUGGUUGGGACAAGCGUGCAUUGGCAGGCAAGCUGCAGAAGGACGAGGAGGCUACAAUUCCCCAUCGUUUAUCAGUGCAAUUUUGACGGCCAACUAGCUGAAAAGGUUUGAGAGGGUUUAUGUAAUGUUUCUUUGUUAGAUUUUAGCUCACAUUAGUUGUUGAUGUUGUUGAGGUGCAUAACUGAGGGCGAGAGAGCCUAUCUUUUCAUGGUUGUUUGAUCAAUAGGACUGUAAAGUUCCCAAAUGUAAGAGGACUCCCGUGGUGUUUACAUAUUUGUAGAAAUCCAUUUAGGUGUAUUUUGUGGCUCUUGGCGAAUGCGUUCUAAUGAUCUAAAGUCGCGCUGUUGUAACUGCCUGUAAACACACAGUCCAGUUCAAAGUGCAUGAUGGCAGGCCCGUGUGGGAAAUGGCUUGUUUGUAUAAAGGCCUACUGUAGCUCUGAUUGACUAUAGUGCACCGGUCUGUGUAGACUCCGGUCCUGGACACCGUAGGGAUGCUACCAGGUUUCCAUGCAGAUAUGAUGCUUGGCAAUUAGGCCAAAGAGUUCAGUCUUGUUUCAUCAGACCAGAGAAUCUUGUUUCUCAUGGUCAGAGUCUCCUUUAGGUGCCUUUUGGCAAACUCCAAGCGGGCUGUCAUGUGCCUUUUACUGAGGAGUGGCUUCCGUCUGCAAAGCUGUCAUCAAGGCAAAGGGUGGCUAUUUGAAGAAUCUCAAAUAUAAAAAUCUAUUUUGAUUUGUUUUAACACUUCUUUGGUUACUACAUGAUUCCAUAUGUGUUUUUUCAUAGUUUUGAUGUCUUCUCUAUUAUUCUACAAUGUAGAAAAUAGUAAAAAUACAGAAAAACCCUUGAAUGAGUAGGUGUUCUAAAACUUUUGACCAGUAGUGUAAUUAUAAUGAUUAUUUAGUAAAUCCUUAGCCCUUCUCUGAAGGCGUAGAUGGCCCAUUGUUCCCCACUGUGUUUGGGUUAGUAAAAAUGUGUAGAGUGCCUCUAUUUUCCCUCAGCAUGCAUUUUUUCACUAUUCUGAAUGUCUAAAGAAUCCAUAUGUUGUUAUGAAAUGUUAUUGUGGUGGUCAUUUGACAAAAUUACAAUCAUGGUCUGGAAUUUAGUCUCGCAUUUUUCUGGUCUCGGUCUUCACUCGGUCUUGGACCCCUUGUCCCCCUCCCAGUCUCGGUCUUGACCUCCGGUCUUGACUCGGACUCUAUUUGCUCCAGUCUCGGUCUGGAAUCGGUCUCGCUUUAGGUGGUCUCGAACACAACACUGCCUCCAAUCCAUCACACACACUUUAUAAACCUCAACCCACCUAGUUCCAGAGACACAGCCAGGUAGACUGGCUGGCUGACUUGGGUGUUAGCUUGAGCUCCAGCUGGCCUAUCAACUCCCACUGAAGCACGUUAAUGUCCUGACCCCCUUUCCCACUCCACAUUCCCCCUCUUCCGCUCCUUCACCCGCUGCUUUUCUUCCAACAGUCUCCCUCUCCCUUCUCCUCCUGUCUCCGUCACACAUCUCUUUACCCCGUUUUAGAUUACUCUCUCUCUUUGUCUCUCUCUCUCUCUCUCUUUGUCUCGCUCGUUUUCUCUUGCAGUCUUGACAAAUGACCCUACCAACACUGUUUCUCUCCUAUCCUCUUUUUCGGCUGUCUCUUUCGGACAUUUGACAUACUCUGGCAAGCAGGCAAGAGUUUUCUAAAGUCUUCGGGGGUUAUUUAAACUCUUCCCCCUGGAGUUGGCCCAGAGCGUUGUUUAGCUGGGAGUGCCGGUGGGAGCUGCUGCAUAGCAGAGAGGAAUGCUCUGGCGGAACAUCUAACUGGCACCUGGCCUAACCAGUCCAACUGGGCUGCAAGGGUUUCCUUCUCCCUCAUCUUCUUUCCUCUUGUCUGCCUCACUCUCUCUCUCUGACCUUCGUUCCUUUCUCUGUCACACACACACACACACACACACACACACUAAACAUUCUCAAACUCUCUCGUCUCACAGCAGUUGUGGUUUUAUGUAGCAAUCUUUAACAUUUGAAUGUUCAAUUCUCACCCCCCUCUUCCAUAUCUCUCUGCCUCUCUCUCUCUCUCUGCCUCUCUCUCUCUCUCUGCCUCUCUCUCUCUGCCUCUCUCUCUCUGCCUCUCUCUCUCUGCCUCUCUUUCACUCUCUCCCCCUCUCUUCCCCCCUCUCUCCCCCUCUCUUUCUCUCUUUCUGUCUCCCCCUCUCUUUCCCUCUCUUUCUCUCUCUUUCUCUCUCUGUCUCUCUCUGUCUCUCUCUCUCUCUCUCUCUCUCUCUCUCUCUGUCUCCCCCUCUCAGAGAUCAUAGAGAAGGCAGGAGAGGAGGGUAUUCCAGACCUGGUGACGGUCAUGAGAAACCUGUCCUCAGAGAGCAUCCCCAACCUGCCACCAGGGGGAGGCCUCGCCAGCAAGUAAGAGCCCUGCCCCUCACUCUACUCUACUCUCUCUGCCUUCCCAGUAAAACAUAAAAGUUACAGAAAGGACAUAUGGGCCAUGUAAGAGAGGGAUUGAUUUGAUGGCACUAGGUGGAUUUAUUAGGUUAGUCCUAAACCUGUCACCCGUGUGAAUUACUUCUUGACUUGUAGAGGGUGUGUUUACUUCUCUCACUGUGUGUGUGUUUACCCCUCAGACGCAGUGUUGUUGAAGUAGUGUACAACAGGCUGAACCCACACAGGGAAGUGGAUGGGGUGAGUAUCAGGACGCUCUUUUCUUAUUUUCUCAAAUGUAUUCUAUAACUUAUAUUCCACUAAUAUAUGUCUAUAUACAGUCAUGGCCAAAAUUGUUGGCACCCCUGAAAUUUUUCCAGAAAAUGAAGUAUUUCUCACAGAAAAGUAUUGAAAUUACACAUGUUUUGCUAUGCACAUGUUUAUUUCCUUUGUGUGUAUUGGAAUAACACAAAAAAAAACAGGAAAAAAGCAAAUUUGACAUAAUUUCACACAAAACUAAAAAAAUGGGCCGGACAAAGUUAUUGGCACCCUUUCAAAAUUGUGGAUAAAUAAGUUUGUUCCAAGCAUGUGAUGCUCCUUUAAACUCACCUGGGGCAAGUAACAGGUGUGGGCAAUCUAAAAAUCACACCUGAAAGCAGAUAAAAAGGAGAGAAGUUGACUCAGUCUUUGCAUUGUGUUUCUGUGUGUGCCACACUAAGCAUGGAGAACAGAAAGAGGAAAAGAGAACUGUCUGAGGACUUGAGAACCAAAAUUGUGGAAAAAUAUCAACAAUCUCAAGGUUACAAGUCCAUCUCCAGAGAUCUAGAUGUUCCUUUGUCCACAGUGCGCAACAUGAUCAAGAAGUUUGCAACCCAUGGCACUGUAGCUAAUCUCCCUGGACGUGGACGGAAGAGAAAAAUUGAUGAAAGGUUGCAACGCAGGAUAGUCCGGAUGGUGGAUAAGCAGCCCCAAACAAGUUCCAAAGAAAUUCAAGCUGUCCUGCAGGCUCAGGGUGCAUCAGUGUCAGCGCGAACUAUACGUCGAAAUUUGAAUGAAAUGAAACGCUAUGGCAGGAGACCCAGGAGGACCCCACUGCUGACACAGAGACAUAAAAAAGCAAGACUACAGUUUGCCAAAAUGUACAUGAGUAAGCCAAAUUCCUUCUGGGAGAACGUCUUAUGGACAGAUGAGACCAAGAUAGAGCUUUUUGGUAAAGCACAUCGUUCUACUGUUUACCGAAAAUGUAAUGAAGCCUUCAAAGAAAAGAACACAGUACCUACAGUCAAAUAUGGUGGAGGUUCAAAGAUGUUUUGGGGUUGUUUUGCUGCCUCUGGCACUGGGUGCCUUGACUGUGUGCAAGGCAUCAUGAAAUCUGAGGAUUACCAAAGGAUUUUGGGUCGCAAUGUAGGGCCCAGUGUCAGAAAGCUGGGUUUGCGUCCGAGAUCAUGGGUCUUCCAGCAGGACAAUGACCCCAAACAUACUUCAAAAAGCACCCAGAAAUGGAUGGCAACAAAGCGCUGGAGAGUUCUGAAGUGGCCAGCAAUGAGUCCAGAUCUUAAUCCCAUUGAACACCUGUGGAGAGAUCUUAAAAUUGCUGUUGGGAAAAGGCACCCAUCCAAUAUGAGAGACCUGGAGCAGUUUGCAAAAGAAGAGUGGUCCAAAAUUCCGGGUGAGAGGUGUAAGAAGCUUAUUGAUGGUUAUAGGAAGCGACUGAUUUCAGUUAUUUUUUCCAAAGGGUGUGCAACUAAAUAUUAAGUUAAGGGUGCCAAUCAUUUUGUCCUGCCCAUUUUUUGAGUUUUGUGUGAAAUUAUGUCAAAUUUGCUUUUUUCCUGUUUUUUUUGUGUUAUUCCAAUACACACAAAGGAAAUAAACAUGUGCAUAGCAAAACAUGUGUAAUUUCAAUACUUUUCUGUGAGAAAUACUUCAUUUUCUGGAAAAAUUUCAGGGGUGCCAACAAUUUUGGCCAUGACUGUACAUAUUUGAACCUCUUUCAUACCCCUGUCUUUCCUACAGUCCGUUUUCCCCUCUCAUCAGACUGGCUUAGCCCUACACUGGGCCUGGCCUCGCUGGAUACUCCACUAUUUACUCAUUUUGUCACUGAGUUUUGUUUUGUCUAGGAGUCCCUUUUUCAUUUUUAUUUCAUAGAGCUACACACAAAAUACUUAUCCAUUCUGGAGAAUGGGGACGGCACAGCCACAGAACUAGAAUGAUCACUAGUUCAUUCUAGACAUGUGCUGGCACUUAAAUUUGGAAAACACGUUUGUUAUAGAAUAAUAUUUGUAAUAGUGUUGCACCAUUUCUCUAGCACAAUAUAGGCUAACCUUAUACAAUGUAACCGUUAAACUUCCUUUGAACGCCCAGCAAUGUUAUUUGUCAUUUAUUUGCUUCAACCACCAGCUUUUAUUAGAGACUGGUGUUUAUUUUCUAAAAUGUGGAACAAUGUUUUCUUAUAACAUGAUAAAGGCAUUAGAAAGUUGUUGCCUGGUUGUUGUGGCCAAAUAAUAACAUAUUCUGUAGAUUAGAACCAGCAGGGCAGAAACGGGACAAUCAACGAAAGCAAGCAAGACACAUCGGGGACAGGUUUUUUUCUUCUGCUUAUAUCUUUAUAUAGUCUAAGAUGAAGUUGUCCCUACACAGACUGAGAAUCAAUCAAUCAAAUGUAUUUUAUAAAGCCCUUUUUACAUCAGCAGUUGUGCUUGAAAGAUACAUUUUUACAUUUGAGUCAUUUUAGCAGACGCUCUUAUCCAGAGCGACUUACAGUUAGUGAGUGCAUACAUUUUCAUACAGGGCCAAACGUGUGAAUCGAACCCACAACCCUGGCGUUGCAAGCGCCAUGCUCUACCAACUGAGCUACACAUGGCCUUAGAUACCCAGCCUAAAUACCCAAAGAGCAAGCAAUGCAGAGGCAGAAGCACAGUGGCUAGGAAAAACAAUCCUAUAAUAUAAUAAUAAUAUAUAUAAUAAUAAUAUAAUAUGCCUCCAGUGAUGAUUUAGGGGCAACGUUAUUCUACAUCCAUAAACUCCUAAGAACCAUAUAUUUCUAUGGGAAUCUGUUACCACCCCAUGUCCAAACCCAAACCUCUUCAUAUAAGCAUUUCCCCCAUGCAUGCAAUGCUGUGAUACUAACACACAGUAGCAGUCCUGUCUAUGGAUGACACCCAUUCCCAUCAAUUAACACCUAACAUCUAUAACCCAUUAUCCUAUGCACGACUAGUAGAUUCUGUCCAGCUGCCAAAAUGCUACUGGCUGUGUUGUGUGCAGAUGUUUAACUCAUGAUGAUGAUGUCAUGUCCUCUGAUGGUUUGGUUGAUAUAGAGCAGCUGCAUGGUGGUGGGGACGGUGCAUGACACGUUGCAGCCUUGCUGUAUAACAGUCUGACCAUAUCAUGUAUUCUGGCACACUGAGACCCCUAGGACCUUGUAUGGGCUAAGGCUAUGAUGGGGAUGCCUGUGUGAUGACAUGAACUGGAUACAGAACUAUUGAUUCGCGUGUGUGUUGGAGUUUGACAACUAAUCCAGGGUUUGGGUUCUGAAACGGGACCCUCCAGAUCGUGUGUGUGUGUUUCUGUGUGUAUCCUGUUGGAUAGUGUGCUGUAUUAGGUGCAUGGGUUUGGCCCUUUGACUCUCCUUUGAUAUGUUGUGAUGUCUUGGUUUGUCUUGUGUAAAGAGAGCUUGUGGUCUUUGCGCACCCUUAGCAAAGAAUGGGUGUUUGUGUGUCUGUUUAAAUCUUACACACACACAACUGCUCUCCCUCUCCUCCUUGUUGCCCCUGCUUCUUUCUCUGAUACUGACAUCAUAGAAAACAACAUAAGACUUCUCUGUGUAACGUAGUAUAACGUCUACACAGGCACUGUUUACAUGGAUGCACACACAUUCAAAAACACAGGUGUGCGCAUGUCCUCGGAUAAUCUCAUACAUUACACACUCUAGAUCAGGGGUGUCAAACGUCCGGCCCGCGGGCCGGAUCAGGCCCGCAAAUGGGUUUAAACCGGCCCGCGAGAUGAUUUUGUAAAGUACAAAAAUGCGCUGCAAUUUUUCAAUAAAAUAAACUGCUGUUCCAAUUGCGUCCACUGGAUGGCGCAAUAGCAAUUGUGUUAAGCAAGCAAACUGUUUAUACCGGGGCAGAGCAAGUAGGUCAAGCACGUGCAGCCAAUCCGGAUGAGCUACUUUGUUUUGCCCGCAAUAUUUAUUACGGCUUCUACUUUUAACAUUAUGUGCUUUGGCACCCUCAUUGCCCCAAUAUGUCUGUCAAAAAAGAGAAAAGUGGACGCAGAGUGCAGAGUGUUCCAAGAAAAAUGGUCAUCCUCCUAUUUAUUCACGGAAUUGAAUGGGAAAGCUGUAUGUUUGGUGUGUUCACAGCAUGUUGCAGUGCUGAAAGAAUAUAACCUUCGUCGCCACUAUGUGAGUCUUCAUGCCGACAAAUAUGACAACUUUCAAGGACAGCGGAGAAGAGAGAAGGUGAAUGAACUGUUGGCGGGUCUGAAGAAACAGCAGUCUGUGUUUACUCACAGCCGAGACAUCAGUUUACGCUGCAGUGAAAGCUAGCUACCUCAUUGCUAAUGAAAUCGCAGUGGCUUCAAAACCAUUUAGUGAGGGUGAAUUUGUAAAAACAUGCAUGAUGAAGGCAGCGGAGAUUGUGUGCCCUGAAAAGCGUCAGGUUUUUGUAAAUAUCAGCCUGACAAGAAACACAGUUGCAGACAGGAUUUCCGAUCUUUCAGUGGAUUUGGACAGCCAGUUGAAGCAAAAAGUAAAGUCAUUUAUUGCGUUUUCGGUUGCAAUUGAUGAAAGCACGGACAUUACAGAUGUUGCACAACUGGCCAUUUUCAUCCGCGGAGUUGAUGACACAUUGACCGUCACCGAGGAGUUCGUGGAGUUGGUGCCGAUGACAGAUACAACGACCGCAGCUGAUAUUUUUACCGCACUCGUCGGCGCGCUGUACAGGGUCGGAGUGAACUGGUCCCGCGCUGUCAGCCUGGCUACAGAUGGUGCGCCCUCAAUGAUCGGGAAAAAAGUAGGCGUUGUGACAAAGUUCAGAGAGAAAGUGCAAUCUGCAAAUGGAGGACGUGAUAUUUUUACUUUUCACUGUAUUUUGCACCAGGAGGCUUUGUGUUGCAAGUCAUUAAAGAUGGAUAAUGUCAUGAAGGUGGUCAUCCAAACUGUUAAUUUCAUCCGAUCCAGAAGCCUGAAUCACCGUCAGUUUGACAGCCUUCUCAGAGAGAAAGACCACAUCUAUGGCCUGCCAUACCACACUGAGGUAAGAUGGUUAAGCCGAGGUGCUGUGCUGAGGCGUUUCUUUGAUUUACGAGAAGAAAUUGAACAGUUCAUGGAAGAAAAGGGCAAACCAGUGUUAGAAUUUCAUUCCGCAGGACCUUUGUAUUUAUGGUGGAUGUUACAGAGCACCUGAAUAACUUGAACAAACAGCUGCAAGGGCGCAACAAAGUUGUCACGCAGUAUUAUGACAGCAUACGUUCUUUCAAGUUGAAGCUGUCGUUGUGGGAGACGCAACUCGCCGGUGGUGAUGCAGCUCACUUCCCCUGUCUGAAAAAUGUGUGCGCGACCCAACAUGUGGCAGACAUGAAGCGGUUCAAGGAUAAAAUAACGGGACUGUUACGGGAGUUUGAGCAACGCUUUCAGAUUUUUGGUGAACUGGAGAAAGACUUCAAAGUUUUUUGCUCGCCAUUCACUGUGAAUCCCUCUGAUCUGCCCAUCAGCAUCCAACUUGAAAUAAUAGACUUGCAGUGUGACUCGGAUUUGAAGGGCAAAUUUGCCGCAGCUGGCUUGGACACAUUUUAUCAGAAUCUCUUGCCAGGUUACCCCAACUUGACAGCCCUCGCUGCAAAACUGUUGUGCAAGUUUUCUCUGUAAUGAGCAUAAAUAAAACAAAGCUGCGCUCAAGGCUCACGCACAAGCACUUGAAUCACAUCCUGAAAUUGGCUGCCACUCAGGAUGUGACGCCUGAUAUUGAUGCGCUGGUGAAAGCUAAAAGAUGCCAGGUAUCAGGAGUCAAAUAAACUAUGCAACCCCACUUAAAGUGCUGCAUGAGACACCCUGAUAUAGUUCUGUGAUCUGUGAUAUACUUCUGUGAAUCACUGAGGCAUUGUGUGUUUGUGUGUUCUUUGUCCUCAGAACUUUCAAAUAACUUGAGGUGUUUUAUGAUUAAUAGUGAUGUUGUGCUUUUGGACACACUGUCCUCAGGCUCCAGCUUUAUGUUUUUAUGUUGAUGUGCUAUUGUUUUUAAUUGUUUUUAUUUUAUUUGUAUAUUUAACCUAUUCUUGACUCUGUGGUUCUUGCACUUGUUUGGGGAACAGGAUUUCAUUAUUUUUAUCUACAUUUCUGCCUGAGAAAUGACACCCUGAUAUAGUUCUGUUACCUGUGAAACAGUUCUGUUAAUCACUGAGGCAUUGUGUGUUUGUGUGUUCUUUUUCUUUAGAAUUUUCAAAUAAACUUGACGUGUUUUAUGAUUAAUAGUGAUGUUGUGGUUGUACUAUUUUGGACACACUGUCCUCAGGCUCCAGCUUUAUGUUUUAUGUUGAUCGUAUUAAAAAAAAGAAAACAAUCUGAAGUUGUUGUUUUUAAGUUAUAUAUACCAUGAUUUUUCCGGUCCGGCCCACUUGGGAAUAGAUUUUCCUCCAUGUGGCCCCUGAGCUAAAAUGAGUUUGACACCCCUGCUCUAGAUAGACACUGAGGGUUUGCUGGUGCAGACUUGUAGAUCUAACUGUGUGUUCACUCUGAUUAAUGCAGCCCUCCUGUAUCAUUUGGUAAGUUCACACAUACAAAUACAUUCCUACAGUGCUCAUGCCCCCCUUACCCUUAGAACUCUUUGCUCAGUAGUGUUGCCUUCAGGUAAAGUGUUCAAAUUGGCACAUUCUUGAUCUGACUUGUUUUAUAGGCUGCCUCCUUUGGGGAUGUACCAGAGGUGAUUGUCGCACUUCAGGAGAGGUGCUUAUCUCUGAGAUCUGGGGAGCGAUCCCUGCUUGUCUCCUUGGAGUGGAGUUGGUUUUGUUGUGUAGGGGGGCCAUUUUGGAUUGGUGUGAUGUAAACAAGCCAGGACUGUCUGAGUCUAUGUCAUUAGGUAUUAUGGAUUUACUAGUCAUGCCGUUUCUCACAAAGUAUUUUCUGUUCUCUCACUUUGCCUCUCCUCUACUCCAUCUCUCUCUCUCUCUCUCCGUCCCACAGACUGGAGCAGACCUUGAGGACCCCUGGUAACUGCCCAGCAGAACUGCCUGUUCCUACACCAGGACUCCUUUUAUACACAAGACAUCUUUACUCACUUUUUUCCUUUUUAUUUUUCCUACGAUACCAAGAGAUCGAUUGGACCAUAAAUGCAGAUUUUUUUUAAAAACUGUUAAAACACACAACACAAAGGAUUGCAAACCAUUUUUGAUUAAAAAAGGGGGUUCAAAAUUCAAAAGGCACUCUCACAUCUGAGCUAUCUUUGCUGCAGGUGCAUGCUAACAAUUGAAUAACAUGAGAAAAAAUAAGAAACCCGCACACGUCAGAGCUUUGACGAAGGCCAUAAAGGCCGAUACGUAAAGCUUAAUAAAGAGCAGCGAUACUAGCAAGAGCAGUGUGGGGG